UGGGGGAGUGGCCAGGCAGGAGGGGGCGGGCAGAGGAGGAGUGCGGCCCCCCCCCUCUCUCUCUCUCCCUCUCUCCCUCUCUCUCUCCUCUGCUUCUGUCUUUCUUACCCCUUCUUUGUUCCCUAGUCUUUUGUUAGCCAUGCCUAGCCUGGUGGUAUCAGGGAUGAUGGAGCGGAAUGGGGUGAUGGCAGAGCUGGGCAAGGACAGGGUGCUGGAGGAUGACAGGGCGCUGCAGAUCGCGUUGGACCAACUGUGCCUGCUGGGACUGGGGGAGAGCGAGGAGGACAGUAACAACAAUAACAGCAGCGGCAGCAGCAGCGGCUCCGGGCAGCCCCACAAGGGCGAGAGCAAGUUGUGCGCCCUGUACAAGGAGGCAGAGCUGCGGCUCAAGAGUUCCAACACCACCGAGUGCGUCCCGGUGCCCAGCUCGGAACACGUGGCUGAGAUUGUGGGGAGGCAAGGUUGCAAGAUCAAAGCGCUACGAGCCAAAACGAACACGUACAUCAAGACGCCGGUGCGGGGCGAAGAGCCAGUGUUCAUGGUGACUGGUCGCAGGGAGGAUGUGGCGAUGGCCCGACGUGAGAUUAUUUCCGCCGCUGAGCACUUCUCCAUGAUCCGGGCAUCCCGUAACAAGGCCGGCACGGCAUUCGGCAGUGCCCCCACCCUCCCCGGGCAAGUGACCAUCCGGGUACGAGUCCCUUACAGGGUGGUCGGCUUAGUGGUGGGACCCAAAGGAGCCACCAUCAAAAGGAUUCAGCAGCAGACGAAUACUUACAUAAUCACCCCGAGUCGGGACAGGGACCCCGUGUUUGAGAUCACCGGAGCCCCCGGCAACGUGGAGCGGGCGCGGGAGGAAAUCGAGACCCACAUCGCGGUGCGCACCGGUAAGAUCCUAGAAUACAACAACGAGAACGACUUCUUGUCCAGCAGCCCCGACUCCGGGAUGGAAAGCCGCUACCCCGAGAGCUGGAGGGUGCACGGAACCGCCACUGGGUGCAAACCCCUCUCCACCUUCCGCCAGAACAGCCUGGGCUGCAUCGGAGACUGCCCACCGGAACCCGUCUAUGAGACCCCAAGGCUGAACGAUCAAAAUGACUUCAACUACGGCUAUUUGUUCCCCAACUACAAGCAAGAGGUGUACUACGGCGUGCCGGAAUCCGGGGGUCCCAUGUGGGGGGGACAGGAGAACACCAACCCUGCCCCCGGUAUCUUUACAAAGCAACAACGUUCCGGCAGCAGCGGCAGCGUGCAGACCACCACCACCACCCAGCGAUCACCAGAAAACAGCCUUAGCACCCUGCAAAGGAGAAGCCAAGGGGAAGCUCUGCCAGGCUUUACCAAGCUCACCGCCACCCGGAACUCUAUCUCUGGGAGCCGGGAGUGCAUGGUGUGUUUUGAGAGUGAAGUCACCGCUGCACUGGUGCCCUGUGGGCACAACCUCUUCUGCAUGGAAUGUGCCGUACGCAUCUGUGAACGCAACGAGCCCGAGUGCCCAGUGUGCCACGCGUCUGCUACUCAGGCCAUCCGAAUAUUUUCUUAAAGAGAGAGACACGUUGGGGGCGAGAGGGUGGGAGGGGCGUGGGGUAACGUGGACUCUUGGUGCAUAGAGGUCAAAAAGACAAUAUCUCAAAAACGAGGAAGGAUUGCCCCCUUCCCCGAGGCAAAGUCCUUUCAAAGACAGAACUUUUAUUUUGGCGAAGCCAAGGGGGGGGUAUCAAAGACUUGAACACUCCGCUGUUUACUGGAUAUUUAGAGGACUCUCGCUUGACCCGCUCGUACUUUGCGGUCUUGCCCACCCGUUGAUCUGGAUAUCGUUGUCUUAAAAAAAACAAAACCAGGUCUUCGAUUGAAAAAAAUUGUGCUUUUUCAAGUAUCUGUUUUUGGCAAAGUUCAUGGAAGCAUGGGAAGAACCAACUUCAGGGACGUACCAAGGAGGACGGGUUUGCCCGUCGGACAUCAGACGGAGUCGCUCCGGUCGCCAACGUUUUUUAGUAGCUGCCGUCUCCCAAAACAAGUCCUCUGUGUUUUUGUCUGGGGUUUUUUUUUUUUUGUGUUACGGUUGUUGGUUUAGUGGACUUUCUAUCGGCGUCGACAAGGGAAAGAGAAUAAAUAAAUCAAAAAGUUCAGAAUCGGCUUCAACUCAACCAAUUUUUAGAGGUUCCCGCAGACAAAAGUGAGGCCAGCCUUGGCCUCGUUCCGGUCACGUUUCUUGGUGCACAGUUGGAGAUGAGCCCCUCUGAAAGACGAGAGGGCAAGAAGGCAGAAGGGCUAUACCAAGUGGAUAUUGUCUGCCUCUCCUGAUGGCAAAACGGUGGGCACUCAGGGUUCAAUUCAGGUCUCUGGGCGCCGGCAUCAGCCGGCCCUCAUCUUCCUACAUUCAUCACUACCUGGCUAAUGAAAUACUAGGAAUCUGUUUGUUUUUUUUCAUCAAUAAUUGCAAAAAAAAAAAUCAAAAAAUAAUAAUAAAACACAAACUGUUUAUCAAUCUCUGGGAACCUUCAACAUGAGGACACAACGAUUACCUCAAACUCAAACGUACGAAGCAGCUAUAUCCACCGCGUGCGGUUACAACGUCACGUUUCAUACUCAAAAAAAACAAAAAUCCUCAUGGAUUCUAGGACCACAAUGGAAAAAAAAAAACAAAAAAUCCAAUAAUCAGGACUUUUGUGCAUGUAGGAAUUUUUUGUUUUUCGUUAUUUUUUACGUGGCUCGGACUUUUUGGUUUUACCGUGCACUGCAGUGGGGGGCACCCGUGCUUGACUUCCUCCUCCACAACCAACUGAUUGCAUUUUUUUGGGGUGGGGAUAGGGGGCGGGGAAGGGGGGGGCGGGAUGCUGACCAAUGCCGUCAACGUUCCACUUGUGACUUUCGAACUCUUCCUCCUGAAAUGCGGAAUUAAACAAAAAAUGUAAAAAAAAAAAUAAUAUACGAAAGUUAUUUUGCUUCCUGUUAAGCCGGACCAGAACAUUUUACUAGAAAAAGAAAAAAAAUUCAUGUCGAAAAAAUGCAGAUGUGCUGGACCAAAGUUACAAAUGUCUAGUGGGCGUCGGCUUCCCUUGGUCCCGCCCUGUGGGAAGAUGUUUUAGAACUUCGGGACUGUGGGAUCGUCCCAUUCCCCCGUGCACAAAGGGGUGUCGUCCAAUAACACGGCGGGCUGUCUAACCAAGGAUUUGGGAUAUUUAAGGACCGUUCCAUGGACACAAUAACCCUCACCCUUUUUUUCCCCUUUAUUCCAAUUGGGGAAAAAACUUUUUUUUAAAAAAAAUAUUUUUUAUUUCUAAUUUAUUUCAUUAUUUUGGUGCUUCCUGGAUAUUUUACAUUUCCCUCUCUCUGGCCAAAUGAGUUUGUGACUUUGGAACAUCCCCCCUCUAGACGUGUCCACAAAAGUUGAGGAAUAUCUUUUAUGGUGGGCGGGGGUUGUUGGGAUGGGUGGGAGGGGUUUCAUCAAAUAUCCAGUUUCCGGUUUCGAUAUCGAGACUGUUGUCAAUAUGCUGGACUGAGAGACAUCUUGUUGCCAUUUUCCAAUGAAGACGGGCUCAGCCAUCCUCAUCCCUACCAGGAAGUCUGGUCAGAACCUCGGAUGUUCUAGGAGGAAGGAGCCCACGUUGAAAGCACCUUGCCCAGGCUGAAUCCUGCUGCCCUAGCCAGUGAAUUAUGGGUGGAAGCAAAUUUGGAAAAAAAAAAAGGGGGUGGGACUAUUAUUCCCACCAUUCUUCAAAAGCUCUUCUCAACUAUGGAGCCCCCUUCUUGGGGCUAAUUGAAAUGUAGAAGGGUGGUGGGACGAAGAGUUUGCCCAGAUGCCUUGAUUCCAUUGUAAAGGCUUCACACUAUGUAGCAUCCUUGUUACAGUUUAGCAGUAUUUGAGUUUCAUUUUAUUUGUAUGUAGCGAUUUACUUGAGACAAAGGGACCUUAAGUUCAAAUGUUUUUUUUUUUUUGAGGUCAGAUUUUGGGGGGGCUGCUUGGACAGGUUUGGGAGGUCAUGAUAGGGACUGAUGGUUGACCAACCCAAUGGCUUCUAGAAAUUGUCGCUGAAAGUCUUUAGUGGGAAUGUAACCCUUGCACUGAAGCAGUUAUCUAAGUAACAAAGCCCUCAGACGCAGUGGCCCUCUCCAUGGAAGAGUUAGGGGGGGUUAUCCCAGCGCCCCUCUUUUUCCUCAAAGUGAUCUUCAACUUUCUCUUCUGCAAAGGCAACAGAUUUUAGCCAGCCAUGUUAAUCAGACAUUAUUGCAUUGUGCAGAGCUGUCUUUAGAGGGUCCAAAUAGGCAUGUCUCUGUAGGGGGGCCUCAAGAGUAGAGCGUAGGAGCCAACGGGAGAGCGUAGGAACAUCAGGGUUGCCCAACAUCAGAUCUUCAAUGUUGUAACUAGAUGUUACUCCUAAGGUUGACCUGUUCUACCAAGAUGUAUUGCUCUAUAAUUAGGAUCCUUCUGGCCCCCCCCUGCAACCACAGGGUCUUCUUCCUCUAUAGUUACACCCCUGCCUAUCUUUGUUGAAGUGCAAUUUCCAGCACUCGCUCAUGGUCACUUUGGCUGUGGUUGAACUUCAGCCACAGCUAAAGGGCCAUAGAGCAACAUAGACAUCCUUUAUACAAGGGGACUUGACCUCCUACUAAAGACAGCUCUGUAUGUUGGUUCUUCUUCAGCCAAACAAUCUACGUAGAGAAGGGUACCACCUUAUCUGCAUUGUAAUUGGAAUAAUGGUUGGCCAAUAACGUUGCCUCUUUCAAGUGCAUUGAUUUGAUUUCUGCAUUAUUCAUUGAACUUUGGUAAACUGGCUUUUUUCGACCACCAUCACCCCCCCAAAUGCGCACAGUUACAGAGAUAUACCUUUGAGAAACCAAAAUGUUCUUAUGGCCAUCAUAAGAAGCAGCCCAUUGUAACGCUGAGCCAGCUUGCUUGCUUGGGGGAAGAGUAUUUGUUGGGGGUCGGGAGCGGGGAACUAAUUUAUUGUAAGGGUGGUUGAUUUGUAAGAACUUUGCCGUCCAUGAACCAAAAUGAAAAUGGAGUAGUGAAGAAGUAGCAUGUGAUGGGGAAGAGUAGGGAAGCCGGUGGAGAGCAAGCUCCGUUGGCCAAGUUGAGCU